UCAUCAAACUAAUAACCACAAUUUUAAUCUCCUCCUUCUUAUUAAUACAAUCGUUUUACAACUCUCAUACAAAAAAGUAGACUUGUUAUACCUUUUCAUUUCAAACCAAAUCUUGGUGAACACUUUCACUCAAUUUGUUUCACUUGUGUUUUAUUUUCAACAAUUUAACCAUCUAAUCAAAUGAAUUUUUCACCAAACUCCAGUUAACCAUCAACUUGGUCACAUUAUAAGGAUAGCUCAUCUUGAUCCAAUGAAACAAACGUAAAUGUAAUGUCUUAAAAACCGUGAAUUGUCAAAUAACCCAAUCGUUACCAUCAUUAUAAAAGUGUUAAUCAAUUAAAGCUGAAAGAUAUAAUUAAGAAACUUCAACAGUUAAUUGAAGUCGCUAAAAUAGUGCUUGAGAUUGAACUUGAAUUGUCAUCUUCACUUAACUGGCUUCAAAUGGUUACCAAAGUUGGUUAAUAGACACCAAAUGAUUACAAUUUUAACAAGAAUGACCAGAUUCUUUUAAAACCCAGAUUACCAGUUUACCAGUUUCGUUUACCCGAUUUAUCUAUUCUUUGUCUCCCACGAUUACUAACUGGUCAACCAGACUUCCCGUGUUAACCUUGAAGUGCCUUCUAGUUCAAUCUUUACUAAAAGCAUGGCUUAUUUUGGUACCAACAGAUCUAACCGAUCCUUCAUAGCUGAGCAUCAUCCAUGUCACCUUGCCCAUCAAUCACCCACUUCAUCUGAUUGUCAUUAUUGGGAAGCCAAUGGAGCCAUUAACGAAGCCUUUUCAGAGAGUAGUUUGAACUUAUCCUCAAAAAUUCCGGCUUCCUCUUAUUCACAUCUCUAUCCACAACAACAGCUACCUCAACAAUCCCCAUCUUUAUUUUAUGUUGAUGAUUCUUCAAAUUGGAUGGAUAAAUCAAAUAAUUCUGUGAUUGCUAAUACUCAAGCUCAGCGUUAUACUGAACACUGGCUCGAUUUAGAGGAUAGUUUGAAUCCAGUCGAUGGAUACAGUAGACGGUUUUACCAACCUCCAUCUAUAAUAUCAACAAAUGGCCAAAAAUCACAUUGGUGUAGUUGUCGUAAAAUCUGUUUUUAUUGUGUGCCUUUGAUUGUUACUCUCUCACUUUUUGGUCUCAUUAUGAUCAUUGCUACCAUCAUUUACCUUGAAACUUAUGCUCGUCAAGCUGAGUAUUCAUCCAAUGAAUUUACUUCGGGAAGAAGACCAUUUGAUAUGAGAUCGUCAAACACUAAUCUUAUUGAUUAAACCAUGCGAAUUAUGUUUCGUCAAAAAAUUGUGCAACUAUAUCCUCAUAAUCUGAUCGUUUUGCUUUCAUAUGGGAAUCGAUCAUCAAUCAAACCGACUUCAAUUUAAUACCAAAGCCAGUAAAAUACAAAAGCCUAUCUUGGUACAAACAAUAUUCAAAAUAAAGGAUAAGUCUGACCCUGGAAAAAAGCAUGAUCAAACUCCAACGUUAAAAGUUUCAAACUCAUCACCAAUUUGUUGAAAAGGUCUCAUGAUCCUGAUUCUUCGUCGUUUGUUAUUUCUGUAUUCUGUGUUGCAAUAUUGCCAUUUUUUCUAUUAUUUGUGAAAUUUACUGGAAUAUUUGGCUAUGAGUUUCAACAACAAACUACAGACGAUGAAUCAAUCAAUACUGGUUUAUUUACUGUCAAACUUGUUCAGUGACAUUAACAAUGGCGGGAACAUUCCACCAAAAAAUCCUGUACAUCAACAGCUAAAAUUUUCAUUGCCUUUUCCUGUCACAAUCUGUUUACCAAAAUGCAAAGAAGAAAAAUUCCAGAGCAAAGGGUUGGAAAACAAAACAGAAGUAAAUCCACCUUCUUCAAGUAAUCUGCCAAAACGAAUUAUAGAGCAAUAGAAUGCUGAAUUUUUUUGAAAAAUCAAUUUAAAGAGAGGAUAAACAAUUCUUCGAAAAUCGCAACGGAAAUCUGAAUGUAUAAUCUACUUCAAUUGUUGCUUUUUUAAUCGAGUUUCUUACAAUGGUUAAUGGUUAUAAGCAAAACUGAAACGAGCUCAAAGUUUGAUGAUAAAGAUCUUUACGAACCAAAUGAUGUCGAGGAAAAAUGAUAAAAAGGAUGGAACAAUUUUAUGAAUUCAUGAGCAGAGUUACAGCACUGAACUAGAAUCAGGGGCAAAGAAAAUUCUUUGUGAUUAAAUCAUAGACAUAUUCAUUUCUCACUUCUUCUCUCUCAUAAUAAAUGAAGUUUGAGCAAAAAAUGCGAGGGAACAGAAUAAACAUGAUGAGAAAUACUUCAUCACGCAGCAUCUUAAACCGGAUUACACUUGAUAUUAGAUGUUCAGUUGAUUUUCUCAGAGUUUUGUUCUGACAGCAUAAAGAAACGUUUCUCGUGCAUCAUUUAAACCAUCACCUUUAAUUUUCAUCACAACUGCUAAAUAGCUUUCACUGGCACAAACAACAAUCUUUUAUUUUUGCCAUUCUGUAAACCCUCUAACUACCAAUUUGCUGUAUAUUUUACUUUAUAUUUAAAUUUGAAAAAAAAGAAAACAAUUUUCUUCUCAAAUUUGCAACUUUAAACUGAAUCAAUUGUUAUUAUUGUCAUUGCCAUUACCGUUAUUGUUUGCUUUGUAGGUUAAUUGUUCAUCAUCGUAUUCCUUAAUUUCUAUUUUGUGUGUGGCUCAAAUUUAAUUACAAUCACUUUCCGUUUGUGAUUCUAAAGACAAUUUAUAAACAUGUCAUCAUUAAGCUGGUGGAAAGUUAGCACUCCAUCUUGUUCACCUGAUGAGCUGAGCGACAUUAUUACCGCACCUAAUGGAGGCUAUUAUACUGUACCAACUGAUCCAUACAAUGAAGUCUUUCCAAACAUCUAUGUUGGAGAUGGAACAACAGCUUUAUGUACUUCGCUACUCCGACGACUGGGAAUUACUCAUGUUUUGAAUGCUGCUUGGGGUAAAAGUAGAUCACUUAAUUUGGUGAAUACCAAUGAAUCUUUUUAUCGCGAUGCUGGAAUAGAGUUCAUGGGAAUUGAAGCCUUGGACAUGUCAACCUUUCUACUGUCACCACACUUUGAAGCUGCUGCUGAUUUCAUUGAUAAAGCGAUCAUCACUGGAGGUAAAGUUUAUGUUCAUUGUCGCCAAGGAAUUUCUCGUUCAGCGACUUUGGUUUUGGCUUAUUUAAUGAUUAAAAGAGACUUCACUGUUCAAGAGGCGGUUAGGACAGUUCGUCGAGAACGAGAUAUAAUUCCGAAUGAGGGAUUUUUAAAGCAACUUUGCCUUCUCAAUGAGACUUUAUUGCUGGAUCGAAGGUUGGCUAAAAAGAGUGAAAGUAAAAUGGUUCGAAGUGCCAACAGUAAACCAGUCAACGCAAUCACAGUCAAUUGAAAUUUCGUCAACAUCAAUAGAACUCAUUGUAUUCAUUAAUUUUCAAAUAUAUUAUUAAGUUUACUUUGAUUAUUACAUUCAAUUACAAAUCUUUUCAAUAAU